AGGCCUGCGAUGAGCGUACUUUGGUGGCUGGAUCUGAACCCUACUCCAGAUUUCUGAGGGCAGCUGACAGCAGGUUCUGUCUUCCAUUGCUUUGCAGGGAAUGGAAGAGAUCCCCACUGCUGAUGAUCCAUAUGGUUAACAGAGUGCCUUGCAGAAAUAGCAGUCUUGAAUGAGUACGGAGAAGAUGAGCAUGCAAAGCCUGUCCGUGUUCCAAAACAUGCUGCAGUCUGAUUUACUGAUGCUAGAGCUCUAUUGAAAAUGAAGUUUUUUAUUUUGGGAUUGCUGCAACCCAAAGGGAAUCUACGACAAGGAAGUUGAUCAGCUUUGCUGAUCAGGAGACAAAAUCUAUACAUAAGACCAAUCCUGAAUUGCAGAGUAGCAUGCAGACUGCACUUGUUACAGCCCAUGGGUUCUGAAAUCCUGUUUCAGCUGAAGUCAUCAUGCUGCAGCAAAUUUUGCGUGAUAUGUAUAUUGACCCUGAGCUACUAGCAGAGCUGAACGAAGAGCAAAAGCAGAUCUUAUUCUACAAGAUGAGAGAAGAGCAGCUGAGGCGCUGGAGGGAAAGGGAAGAAAAAGCCCGAAUGGAGGAGGCUGUGCUGAGAAAGACAGCAAGGCGCAACCAGAGUAACGGCAAACGCGUGCAGUGGCUGCGGGGCAAGGACGGUGAGGUCUGGGUCUGGGUGAUGGGAGAAGCCCCGGGGGACAAACCCUACGAGCAGAUCUCGGAGGAGCUCAUAGCAGAGCGGGCCAGGCAGCAGGCACAGAAGGAGGCAGAAGAGCUAUGGAGACAAAAGGAAGCUGAAAUAACAAAGAAAUUCCGUGAUGCUAUGGCUCAAGAAAAAGCCAGAAUAGUGGCAGAAAAAUGGAAAAUAGAAAUGGAGGAUCGGAAAGCAGCCAAACUGGAGGAAGAAAAAAUUCAGGAGGAACUGAAGAAAAGAGAAGAAGAGGAAAGACAGAAAGGUGAGGAGCUAAUCAGGCAGCAGGAAGAAAUCCGGGCAAAGGAGCUGUACCUGAGCCUCAAGCAAGCUCAGCAGCACAGUCAGCACAGCGACGAUGACCAGGAGUGGGAAGAGCAGUUGCGCCGCUCCAAGGCUGCUGACGAAGAGAGGAGCCACAAAGCGCGCAGGGCGCGGGACGAGUACCGACGGCAGUCCCUGCGGGCCAUCCAGAAGGGAAGAGUGGCUGGCCUGAGCCAUUUGUUCCAGGGGACAAACCUGAACAAUGAUCAGGAGGUCAAACUGAACAACAACAGUGCGAGUCCUUUGCUGUCUCCUGCAGCAUCCAGCAACGUCUGGGAGCGCCCUUCUCGGCCCUUCUCCCGAGACGUCAUCAUUCGCUGGUUCAAGGAGGAGCAGAUCCCUCGGAGGGCUGGCUUUGAGAGGAGCACCAACAGGAUUGCUCAGUGGUUCCAUGGCAUCAUCAGCCGUCAGGAAGCAGAAGAGUUGUUGAUGAAUAAAUCUGAAGGAGCCUUCCUGGUGAGAGUCAGUGAGAAAAUCUGGGGCUACGCGUUGUCCUACCGCCAGCAAAAUGGCUUCAAGCACUUCCUGGUUGAUGCUUCGGGGGAUUUCUACAGCUUCCUGGGGGUAGAUCCAAACCGACACCCAACGCUCACAGAUCUGAUUGAUUUUCACAAGGAAGAAAUCAUCACGUCCUCAGGUGGGGAGCUACUCCUGGAGCCAUGUGGACAGCAGAAGAAUCCACCAGACUACAGCCCUUUAUUUGAAUAACUGAUCCAGGACCAACAGGAAUGCAUUCUGGAUAAGUGUAGUAAUAGAUAGUUACAAAAGUAAACAAUGGAAGUAGUUAACCCACUUUCAAAGCCACUGGUCUUGUGGCCAAAAAGCAUCCUCAUUAGGAGGCCUAAAAUAUUUCUGGUUUGCAUCUGAAUUAUCAUCAUCAUUAUUCAUACUGCUAGCACUUAAAAGGUGAGAAAUUACCAGCAAAUUGCAAAAGAGGACUACUUCAAAAAAAUUUUCAAGGGGUUGUAGCCAAUUGCACGGAAUGCUAAGUUCCUGUCCUAAUUUUCUCAUUAUUUAUACUGUAAGAAGCAUGGGCAGGAGCCAUUCACAGAGUACUGUAUGAAGUAUCAGUGUUGCUGAACAGAUUCUGUGUUCCAAAACAAAUUUUGACUGUUUCUAUUGACCAUUUCAUUACCCAGUGGUGCCCUGGUACCACGAGAAGCAGCCUUCAACCAUCCCUGUGAAGUUUGUGAUUGUGUAUGUAAUUAGGUGUAGCUUGAAAGUUGCCAUUAUGCUUUUGAAUUCAGGCCUACAAAGUUCCCCACAGCAGAGACAGAAUAAGGUCAAACACAUUUUAUUUAUAUUUUCAUGAAGCUCAACAGCCUUGGAGGAACUUUACUCCUGUACAGUAAGUGGUCAGUUUAUUCUGAAGGAAACUGAUUUGCUGCAAUUCUCUCACUGGCCUUGUCAUGCUUUCCACUUUUAGAUGUGCAAGAGACACAGUGGAUAUUGCUAGCUUUACUUUGCUAUAGGACUGGGUAUUGUCCUUUUCUGAGUUAUGAGGGAGGGUGGGGCUGGUAUAUUUAUAGAUAAAAAAGGUACAGCUAAUUAUAUUAUCAUCAUGCUAUUUUAUGUGUAAAUACAAGGUGCACACAAUGUGUUCCUGAUCCAUUUACUAUAAAUAUUAACUCCAUGAAAAUAGACCAGAAACCUAGAUCUGUGGAGCAGUUGCUUAGUGCUUGUACUAGAAAAAUAAUAAAAUCUCAUCACAGUACACAUAGGAAAGGCACACUGAGCAUAUUUCUAUAAGCUACUGCUUUGGGCAUUCUCUGAGUCCUGUGGGGUUCUGUUCAAAAUCCAGGUGAAGACCUCUCCUGAACCUCCUCUCUCCUGAACCCUUUCUCCUCUAACAGUCAUUUAACUCUUGACUCAUUGUUACCUUCUGUGCUUUCCCUGAUCUAGUUGGUAAAAUCAACCAGGAAAAGAAACUUGUCUUGUCCAAGCCAAUAAAGCACACUAAACAUUUCAGGUGCUACAACAGUAAAUAUUUGUGGUAGUAAUAACAGUAUUUUUUUAUAAUUAAUUUUACGACUAGCUCAUAUUAAAGUACAGAUUUUCGUACACAAGAUUCAUUCUUGGUCAGGAACUUUUUCUUCUCUUAACAUUGGGUUUUGUAUGAUUUAAUCAAUCAAUGUUUGUGGCCCAUGAAAAGAAAAUUCUAUUAAACUUCCCACAGAGACAGCUGGGUAGUUUCUGUACUAAUCACUUGUCACACUGGCUCUGGAGGUUUUAAAUAGUUAGUGUUAGCACCUUGGAAUAAAGCAAGUUGGGACACAGCAAAUAAGCAAAAAAGAUCUGCUUUCUCUGAGAAAACCAGCUCUGCACUUUCUCCCUCCUGCAGAGGCACCUCAAGAGCCACCUCAGCCUCAGGUUAUUCACAGCUGCAGUUUUUUCACGGAACAACUCAACCUCUACUUAAAGGAGAAUGGAAAGAGACGUUUAAAAUUAUAAAAAAAUUUAUAAGUAUCCACAGACUUAUGUCUAAAACCAGAAAGCAGUAGGUGACUGUACAGGAUUAGACACCUAGGUGUCUACACUUGUCUUUUGCCUUUAUGCACUGAAGAAAAUCCUCCAAAAAACCCAAGAAAACAACAAAACCCCCCACCCCCCAUGAAAUGCUACCUUUUCUUUGGAAAAGGUGCUAGGCAUGCUAGAAGACAUG